UGUCGGUGUGGAGGGAGAGCGCCGGGAUGCAGUUGCUGGCACGGGAGACGGGGAGUACCUGCACCCAGUGCACACACCACCUUUAAAUAACAUUACAGCGCCGUUUCGUGUUUAUCUAUUGUGCAAUGAAGCGUUAACUAUCUAUUUGUAUCUUUCUAAAAAUCUACACGCGCUGGAUGGAUCCAGCAGAAGCAAACGCUCUGUUCUAAUUUUUUUUAUUUCUCUUGCAUUUCUGUAUAUUGUGUUUGAGUCAGCCCUCAGCAUCAGUACCACUACCUGAACUACCCUGAUGAAAACACUCCGUCAAGAGAUACAAAAAGGACGAUUACAAUGGAGUCGCCGUCCAAAUAGAAUCGUCUUUUUAAAACACGUUUAAAUAAUUGAUAGGCUAUAUACCUAGGCAUCUGUAUCCUUCUUGUUAUACCAUUUCAUUUCCUUUCUGUUUUUAUCAGUUCACUGAUUGAUUUAUUCAGAAAGUAUUUUCUAAUAAAAUUAAGAAAAGUAAAAAUACAAACGACCACUGCUCGCAAACUAUGGACGAGGAGAAUAUGACAAAAAGCGAAGAGCAACAUCUGAGUUUGCAAAAAGCCUUGCAGCAGUGCGAGCUGGUGCAAAAUAUGAUAGACAUUAGCAUCUCCAGUUUAGAAGGUUUAAGGACCAAAUGUGCCACAUCCAACGACUUGACACAAAAAGAAAUACGAACGCUGGAGGGUAAGCUAGUGAAGUACUUCAGCCGGCAGUUGUCCUGUAAACGCAAGGUCUCCUUACCUGAGAGGAACACUGAGCUGGAGGAGUUUCCUCACCUGGGCCACUGGUUCCGCAUCGUCAACAUGAGGAAGGAGGUCACAGAGGAAAUCGGGCCAGGUCAGAUGACCCUGGAGGGCCUGCUGGAAAUGGAGGAUGAGCAGGUGUGUGAGACUGUGCAGAAGUUCGGCGCCAACACGGAGGAGUGUGCUCGCCUCAACGCUGCCCUCUCCUGUCUGCGCAGUGUCCACAAGUCAGAAGAACUUGAGGAUGACAAAUUGCACAAUAACGGAGGAAGCAGCCAAGCCAAGCAGGACUGGGCCAUCCAGUGGCCCAGCUCGGGAAAGGAGGUGGGCCAGCCGGAACCCAGCCAGUGGAUCCGUUUCCAGCUGUCCCAGAGCCCCAAAGUCCAGUCUAAGUACAACCAGCACUUCUGCAACAGCCCCCAGGCCCUGGGACCCUCCUACACCCAGGUGGACCGGCUCACUGUGGAGGGCCACCUGGGGCUCCUGCCCCCCCUGGAGGCCGGGCACCGGUCCUUACCCCCCUCCCCCCGCCAGAGACACUUCCCCCACACCCCUCCCCGGACCCCGCUGGUGGUCAACACCAUGACCCCCCCCGGAACGCCACCCAUGAGGCGGAGGAACAAGGUGAAGGCGCCUGGGACGCCCCCGCCCUCGUCCCGGAAGCUGAUCCACCUCCUGCCCGGAUUCACCGCCCUGCACCGCAGCAAGUCCCACGAGUUCCAGCUGGGGAACCGAGUGGAUGAGACGCAGAUCCCAAAGGCGAAGAAGAGGAGCAAACCGCUGAACCUGAAGAUCCACAGCAGCGUAGGGAGCUGUGAGAACCUCCCUACCCAGCGCUCCCCUCUCCACUGCGAGCGCUCGCUCCGUUCCUUCUUCUUCCCCACGUUCCUCCCGUCUACGCCGCCCGUCCACACCGACGCAAACACACUCUCAGUGCCUCGAUGGUCUCCUCAGAUUCCCCGUCGAGACUUGGGAAAUUCAAUAAAACACAGAUUUUCCACCAAGUACUGGAUGUCUCAGACAUGUGUAGUUUGUGGAAAAGGCAUGCUGUUCGGACUGAAAUGUAAAAACUGCAAGUUGAAGUGCCACAACAAAUGCACCAAAGAAGCCCCGCCUUGUCAUUUACUGAUCAUCCACCGUGGAGAUCACCAAGGAACAGCCCAAGCUCGUCUGGUUCGAACCGAAUCAGUACCGUGUGAUAUCAACAACCCCCUCAGGUACACGGAUUUGCACAUCAGCCAGACGCUCCCCAAAACCAACAAGAUUAACAAGGAUCACAUCCCUGUUCCCUACCAACCAGAUUCCAGCAGUAACCCCUCCUCCACCACCUCAUCGACGCCCUCAUCACCAGCCCCACCUCUUCCCCCUAAUGCCACGCCCCCUUCUCCACUCCACCCCUCCCCCCAGUGCACUCGACAGCAGAAACAGUUCAACUUAACAGCGUCUCAUUACUUCAAACACAAGCAGCAGUUCAUCUUUCCAGAUGUUGCUCCAGAGGCCCCGCCCAGGGCACCCCAGGUCAUUCUGCACCCCGUUCUCUCCGAACCAGGUAAUGAAGGGAACCCCUUGCUUCAGAUUGAGGUUGAACCCACAUCAGAGACCGAGGAGGGGAAUGAUGAAGCAGAGGAUUCGGAGGACGAGUUCGAGGAGAUGAACCUCUCCCUCCUGUCGGCCCGGAACUUUCCCCGGAAGGCCAGCCAGACCAGCAUCUUCCUGCAGGAGUGGGACAUCCCGUUUGAGCAGCUGGAGAUCGGUGAGCUGAUCGGGAAGGGCCGCUUCGGCCAGGUGUUUCACGGCCGCUGGCACGGCGAGGUGGCCAUCCGCCUCAUCGACAUCGAGCGCGACAACGAGGACCAGCUGAAGGCCUUCAAGCGGGAGGUGAUGGCGUACCGAAACACGCGCCACGAGAACGUGGUGCUCUUCAUGGGGGCCUGCAUGAGCCCCCCACACCUUGCCAUCAUCACCAGCUUGUGUAAAGGAAGGACUCUGUUUGCAGUGGUGAGGGAUGCCAAAGUUGUCCUUGACGUCAAUAAAACCAGACAUAUUGCACAGGAGAUGGUUAAGGGGAUGGGAUACCUGCAUGCGAAGGGGAUCCUCCACAAGGACAUGAAGUCAAAGAACGUAUUUUACGACAACGGCAAAGUUGUCAUCACGGAUUUUGGCCUCUUCACCAUAUCGGGUGUCCUGCAAGCUGGCAGCAGGAGAGAGGAUAAGCUGCGAAUCCCCAGUGGCUGGCUCUGUCACCUGGCCCCCGAGAUCAUCCGCCACCUCUCCCCUGACACCGAGGAGGACAAGCUGCCCUUCUCCAAGCAGUCUGACAUCUUCGCUUUCGGCACUAUAUGGUAUGAGCUGCAUGCACGCGAGUGGCCUUUCAAGAACCAGCCAGCAGAAGCGAUUAUAUGGCAAGUCGCGAGUGGAAUGAAGCCAAAUCUGACCCAGAUCGGCAUGGGGAAGGAGAUAUCAGACAUCUUGCUUUUCUGCUGGGCCUUCGAGCAGGAGGAGAGACCCAGCUUCUCCAAGCUGGUGGAGCUGCUGGAAAAACUGCCAAAACGGAACCGCCGCCUCUCGCACCCAGGGCACUUCUGGAAGUCAGCUGAGUAUGUCAAAUAAAUUUGGAACAAACCCCCCCCCCCUCCCGCUCCCGCCCCUAUGAGUGCACUGAAUAAAAAACAACAGCAAAAAAAAUGCCAGCCAAUAAGUACAACUGCCUAGACUGUGCUCCCCUAUGGAUCUUCUGUGCACGCAUGUGUAAAAACAUUUCUAGAUAAUCAGUGAUAUCAGUUAACUAGACCACUCAACAGCCUCUGAGCUUAUGUUUUUCUGUCGGACAUCGAUUUUAUUUAAAUAUUUAAUUAUUAUCAGUAUUUUUUGUUUUCUUUAUUUGUGUUAACUUUUUGGUUAUCAGUUUAUUUAUUACCGUUAUUUACUUUAAACAAUGACUUUUUAUUUUCUGUCAUGAAUCACUUCAAACUGAACUGCAUUUUUAUGAACGAAAUGCAAAUCCAGCUGUGUUUUUUUUUUUCCAUUUUGUAAGAAAAUGUAGUUUUAGAUUGAGUGUAAUUCUUUUACAAGGUGUGAAAUGUAUUUUGCUUUUGUAUUAUUUUUCCAUUUCUUCUGUCGUGUCAGCUGUCCCUCUCACUGUUCAUUCAUACACUCUCAUGUGUGGAUGUUUGUGUGUGCUACUCUCACUCACAAAGCUUUAAAACUGGGGACACUCACGGUGUCUGUCAUCGGUGUCUGGUGACAAGGCACAGCUCCCUGCCUGUGAGUGAUGUCGUCGGCAGGCCGUUCCGACUUCUUCAUAUCUACGAAGCCAAUACAGUUUGGGCAACUGAAAAAUUGGAACAUACGCACCGAUAGCUGUGCCAAUUGGCAGUCUGUCGCCAGAGGUCACUUGUGAUGUGAAUUUGACACUUGAAAUGUAACGUGUUAACUGUGACAAACUCAUGAAUCUCUUCAAUGAGUUCCUGAUAUUGAGCCUAUGGAAAAAAGCAUGCCUUUUAAGGCACCUGUUUUAUUAGGAUUUUUUCAUUGACAGGUUAAAUAUUCACUUUUUUUUAAUAACGCAGUGUUAUGCUCGAUGUUAGAAAUUAUAUUUUCAAUCAUAUUGAAGAAAGAGAUACAACUACAACAAUGAGGAAAAAACAAUCAUGCCAAUUGCAAGCCUUGCACUUGAUCUAGUAUUACUAUAUCCCUAAUUCAGAAGCGGUACAGUACAAUAAGUCUCUAUGACUGUCGCAUGCUUAAACUGUGGUGUAAAAAAGACACAUAUGUACAGUAAAUACAUAGACUACUGUAUCUGUUCAUUUUUUAAGUUAAGGAGAAGUCUGUGAACGUAUACAUAACCUAAUUAUUUCAACCUCUGACUUUCAACACAAUGGUUUCAUAACUGUUAGUAAGCAGAGGUUUCAGAAAACUGUAAAAUAAGUACUGUGGUAGUUCAUACAUCCAGUGCCACGUCUAACCAAGAUAGACAAUCCAUUGAUGUGCAGCACGAAGCCAUUUACCCUGUACAGUAUGUUCAGUAGUAUGCCAGUGUCAUAACCACAUUCAAUACAGAUAUUUUGCUGCUGUUUUGGAGAACAUCAAUCUAUUUUGGAAUUACAGGUAUUCAGAUUUGUACGAAUUGAAUGUGGAUCAUCUAUAUUUGUAAGUGUGUCCACUGUUUACAACUUUAAGUGCAUGAAAUGCUUUUGAAGGACAGGUCAGCAUUGUUCCAAAAGAGGGAAAACCUUAAGUUCUUUAUUUAGUUUGUGACUUUAAAACACAAGUUUCUUGUAACUGCACUGGAGUAUUUUCUGAAAAAAAAAAAAAAACAUAAUACAUGCUGUUGCCGUAGCACCGUCAAUGAAUUUGGUUGCCGAGCUACCGCAAGCUUUGUAAAAAUCAUAGGUGUGUUAAGAGAAUGAUUGUAAUGUUAUAUUUGUACAGUAUCAUACUAUGAAGCAACAUGUAUUGUUUUGAUUCCGGAGCUGGAAAGAUAUUUAUUUAACAAAAGCCUGGCCAGCUUUUAGCCAGCACCUAUAUUAGUGCCAAGUGUAUUUAACAGAUAGUGAACUUUAUUAAAUAUUUAGUAGACUUUGUUCUGUAUUCCAUAUUCUGUGUGACUUCAUGUCAGUUUUGGUGUACAGGAUUUUUGCCUCAUUUUUGGAUGUUUCAGUUGUGUUGUGGUUUUCGUCGUACUUUUGUCCACACAUUUUCUCUUUUUGUUUUCCUUUUCCCCAAAAAUUGCCAGUUUCCCUAUAUUUCAUCUGCAUUGUUGCUAUUUUUUAAUUAUUUAAUUUAUUUAUUUUGUAUUCUGGGUCUGUAUUGUAGAGUGUAGUUCAAAACGCUUGUAUUUUUGCUGCCUUACGGUCCAUGGCUAAGUGACUGAUGGAUUUAUCACAAAGUCUUUAUUGCACUCAUCCUUUAUGACAAUAAAAUGGGUUCAUUUUGGA